UUUAUUCACUGUUGUUUUUACUCAUCGAUAAGAAGAAAAAAAAAGCAAGAAAAGUUGAAGAACAGGGGGUUGUUGGUUUGAAUGGAAACAGUCAAUUAUAUAAAGUAUCCACUUAGCAUACAUUAGAAACAAAACAUCAAAUCUAUUACCAUUCAUACGAAGCCUCUGUUUAUUUCCUUUUGUUGACAACUAUAAUAGCCCACACCACACUUCACUCUCCAAAGGACGACUUUUAUGAUCAGAUUCAGACGUGCCAAUAUUAGUAACAGCAGAGUAUUGCAAUUUCUUUUCACCCUUCUUUCUCUCCACUUAUCAACCACUUUCCUUCCUACUUCCUCCACUCCUCCAUAUAAAAAUCAAUCCUUCCUUCUUCACUCAAGCACUCACAUAACAACAGAAGAAUCAUGGCUCUUGACACAUUGAAUUCCCCAACUUCAGCUCCUCCACUGCUGGACCGUGAUGAUAUAGUCGACCUCCACUGUGUUGAGCCCUGGACCAAGAGGAAAAGAACCAAACGACCCAGAUCCGAAAACCCACCAACCGAAGAAGAAUACUUAGCUCUUUGCCUUCUCAUGCUGGCUCAGGGAACCACUACCAGAACCAUCCCCUCAGCCUCAGCUGCUUCCAGAACCUCCCUCAACCUUUACAAGUGUACGGUUUGUAACAAGGGAUUUCCAUCUUAUCAAGCUUUAGGAGGACACAAGGCCAGUCACAGGAAACUUGUUGUUGGAGCUGGAGACCACCUCACCAUCACCACCGCCGCCACCAAGACCACUGCUGAUGUCUCCGCUGUUGCUGCUACCACAGUCACGCCGCCUACAAAUUUACCUCUCAUGAUUAAUCGAGUUGGUAACAAGAAUCACGUGUGUUCAAUUUGUAACAAGACAUUCUCUUCAGGUCAAGCUUUAGGAGGGCAUAAGCGAUGCCACUACGAAGCUGGCGGCAAUAACAACAGCGGCAGCGAUGGUGUUAAGUUAUCGAGCCAAAGUCAACGUGACUUUGACUUAAAUUUGCCUGCUGAACCGCAGGAACUAAGUAUUCCCGACGUUAACCAAAGAGAUAAAUAUUCCACCGACGAUGAAGGGGUGGAGAAUCCUUCGCCGACGGCAAAGCGCGUCGGCUGCCACGUUUGUUGAAAGUCGUAGUAAAAUAAGGAUUAGAUUCAGAUUAGGCGAAUGAUUAGAGUGGACUUUGCUGUUAUAUUUUAUUCCUUUUCUUCAAAAUUUUUUUGCAUGUUCAUCGUUUUUUUUAUGGAUGGUUAUAUUAUAUUUUAUUUGGGACAUUAGAGUUUUUAA